GCUGCUUAAGAAUGUUUAUUUCUUUUUCGAGCCAGUCUUCGUGCGGAAGAGAAAAAUGCUCUUGUCUGUACUUAUUAUGUGUAGUCCUAUAGGCUGUUUCCGUACUAUAACAGCGUAGUAGUUCAGCGUGCCUUGCAUCUGCACUGUAAAAAAUAACGGCGUGAGCCAUGAGAAGCUUAUUAGCUUUUCUGACGAGAGAGCUUUUCUCUUUUCGAGACUCAAGACUUUCGAGACUCGAGGCUUUCGAGACUCGAGACUACAGUAUCGAGGCUUCUCGAUACUUCUCGUCUCGGUGCAUGCCUAAAAUACUUUAACUCUUAUGAACUGAAUCUGGAGAUGGAUGCAGGGCAUAACAUUAGUUAUCUUCAAUUGCAUACUCACGGAAUGCAAUAGCUUACACUUUUGUAAGGAAUUGUCAUGAAGACCGAAAAACAAUCUUCAAAUUGGGAAAAAACAAACGCGCAUGUAUAGAAUAUGUUCAGCUGUGUGACUCAUAUUUUAUUGGAAUACAUAUAUAUUUCUUUUCGUUCUGUCGUCCAUUCGUGUAAGAAGUCAAAGAGACAGUAUUGAAAGGGAAAAGUACAAUGGGAAUAAACCUGCUCUUUUUCUUUCUCUCUACGCAUAUAAAUACACGGUGAAAUAUAAUUCUGUACAUCACAAACUGUCAUACUUACAUAAGAUAAACAUGAAUCGUCAAAAUAUACCUUACAAUGCUGCAAAGGAGACGCAUGAUGAUGGUUUUAAAAAUCAGAAGAUUGAGAAAAAGUACAAUACGCAUAGUGAAACAUCAACACAAGCUUUUGCAAAGGCAAAACAUGUUAAUGGAAUACCAAACAGUCAAGAGCCAUAUGAAACUCAAACGAGAAUACCUGACAGGAACAAUCAAGGAAUGUUUUGUACUCAAUAUGAAUUUAGAAAUGAUUAUGGAACACACAUAUCAAUCAGAAGCGAUAAUCCAACUGAAUAUGAAAAUUCUGCAGGAAAUCAAAAAGGACAUUAUAAUGCUGGUGUAAAAGAUGGAACAUUGGGUCAGCAUCACAGUUACGACAGAAGGAAUUAG